UUUGUAUACUAACACUCCCUUCCGUCAUCUUCACCUUCGCUUGAUCUCUUGUACCGGAAAGAAUCUGAUUCUUCCGCUUGUACGGAAUUGACCGGACUCUCCAAAUGGCGGCUCCCAUAGAGAAACCACCCGUGCGUAGGAGCAGCCAUAUUGUCUCCAGAACAAAGCCGUUGAAUGACGCGAAAUGAGCAAAAACGACCGUUACCAAACGGCGCAGGCUCGAGGCAGCCCCGCGUUUUGUUCGCCGACAGGAAGCCGGUGAGUUCACUAACGUGGAGGUAACAGCCGUCCGGGUUUAAGCUGAAAUGGACGUUUCUGGACCUGAUAAUGAAGCCGCGGGUGAGAAGGAGGAGAUGUGUGGUGAGUGAUGGGGGUGCUUUGAUAAAGCCUGGGUCACUGCAUAUGAAAUAUUUUCCCAGUCAUGGGAGCCCCCACUUCCUCUGAACGAGUUCAGCCCUGUUUGCACAACCCAUUAUGGAACUGAGAAGAAUUUAUUAGAUUGGUGAAUGUGAAAGCCGUAAUCUGGAUCUAGUUGUGAAAACUUCAUUCUGGUCACCAGUGUUGCUUUUUAAGGUAGCUGCUAUUUUGCAGGAGAAGCCAAAAAUGACCAAGUCUCAGGGGUUAGUGUCAUUCAAGGAUGUGGCUGUGGAUUUCACCCAGGAGGAGUGGCAACAACUGGACCCUGCUCAGAGGACCCUGUAUAGAGAUGUGAUGUUGGAGAACUAUAGCCACCUGGUCUCAAUGGGGUAUCCAAUUUCCAAACCAGAUGUCAUCUCCAAGUUGGAACAAGGAGAAGAUCCAUGGAUCUUAAAGAAAGACAUAUCAGAUUGGAUCUAUCCAGACAGGAAGAGUAACCUUGACAACCCCCAACCAUGUAUCUUGGGGAGUAUCUCCUUCCAUAAUAAGAUAUUGAAAGGAGUCACAAAGGAUGGUUCAUUGUACUCCAUUUUAAAAGUCUGUCAAAGUGAUGGCCAGCUGCAGAGAUAUCAAGAAAACCAGGACAAACUUUUCAGGCAAGUCACAAUAAUUAACAACAAAACAGUGACUGAGGAGUCAGGCGAUAAAUAUAAUGCAUUUGGAAGAAUAUUUCAAGAAUGCAUAGACUCAGAUACUUCAAAAGAAAGACGCCAUAAAUGUGAUGCAUUUGAAAAGAUCUUGAAACUUAAUAUGGAUCUACCUGGUUAUAAUAAAAGCAAUUCAAGAAAAAAUCCUGAUGAGAGUGUUGGGUGUGAAAAAUCAUCUAGCUACAGUGUGUCCAAUUCCAAACUUGAGAAAAUUCACAAUGGAGUAAUGCCCUCUGAAGAUAAUCAGUGUGGAAACAUUCUUAGCAAUAAACAAUCUCAUAUUCAGUAUGAGAAAGUCAGAACUAGGGAGAAAAACUGUGUAUGUAUUACAUGUGGAAAAGCCUUUGCUAAGAAGUCACAGCUCAUUGUACAUCAAAGAAUUCAUACUGGAGAGAAACCAUUUGAUUGUGGCGCAUGUGGAAAAGCCUUUAGUGAAAAGUUUCACCUCAUUGUACAUCAGAGAAUUCAUACUGGGGAGAAACCUUAUGAAUGUUCUGAAUGUAGAAAAGCCUUCUCUCAGAAGUCAUCCCUCAUUAUACACCAGAGAGUACAUACCGGGGAAAAACCAUAUGAAUGUAGUGAAUGUGGGAAAGCCUUUUCCCAGAAAUCACCUCUCAUUAUACAUCAGAGAAUUCACACUGGAGAGAAGCCUUAUGAAUGCAGAGAGUGUGGGAAGGCCUUUUCCCAGAAGUCACAGCUUAUUAUACAUCAUAGAGCUCAUACUGGAGAGAAACCAUUUGAAUGCACUGAAUGUGGGAAAGCCUUUUGUGAGAAGUCCCACCUCAUUAUACAUCAAAGAAUUCACACUGGGGAGAAACCUUACAAAUGUGCUCAAUGUGAGGAAGCCUUCAGCAGGAAGACAGAACUCAUUACGCAUCAGUUAGUUCAUACUGGGGAGAAGCCCUAUGACUGUACUGAAUGUGGGAAGACCUUCUCCCGGAAGUCGCAGCUCAUCAUACAUCAAAGAACACAUACUGGAGAGAAACCUUACAAAUGCAGUGAGUGUGGAAAAGCCUUCUGUCAGAAGUCACAUCUCAUUGGACAUCAGAGAGUUCACACAGGAGAGAAGCCUUAUAUAUGUACUGAAUGUGGGAAAGCCUUCUCACAGAAGUCCCAUCUCCCAGGACAUCAGCGAAUUCACACAGGAGAGAAACCUUACAUAUGUGGUGAAUGUGGAAAGGCCUUUUCCCAGAAGUCAGAUCUUGUUUUACAUCAGAGAAUUCAUACUGGGGAAAAACCCUAUCGAUGUGGUGUAUGUGAGAAAGCCUUCAUCCAGAAAUCACAACUCACUGUACACCAGAGAAUUCAUUCAGUACAGAAACUGUAAGAAUGAACUGGACAUAGAAAAGCCUUCAGUAUUAGCUCAAGCCUUAAUAAAUAAUAGAAACUGAUAAUUUGAUGAGUUUGGGGGGAGAAAAUAAGUUGAUAAAAUUUUAUAAGAGCAGUCAUGUUUCUACUGUGGUGAUACUGAACUUUUUUUCAGCAAAAAUGGUAGACUAUACUUAAUUGUAAAAAAUUAACUAUAUUUACCAUGGCAUGUCAAGCUUUUAAAAUUAUGAAUUGAAUGCCAGUACUACAGUUGAACAAAUUAUAUAUACAAAAUAUUGUCAACCUACAUAUUCCUGAUUCUACCAUAUAAGAAUCAGAUAUGGUGAAAUUGCUAAUAUUAGAGUAGCAAAAUCAUGACCAUACAAUAAUUCCCUAUAAAGGAUAUGAAGACAUUUUGAAUUAAAAAAAAAUCAAUUCUUAGGAGCUGCAUUCUAGGAAGGGUUCUUGAGCCUAGUCCCUAAAGGUACAUGUAAAAAUCUUGUAAAAAGAUGGAAAGAUGGGUUAAUUGGAUUCAAUAAAGGACCUUUAUGUGUUUUCCCAUCUCAAGCAUAUAAGUUCUUUGGAAGGACUCAGAAGUUGAAAUUGAUGCUUGACCAAGUCUCCCCUUUACUGGGAACUACUGGGACCUUGAUGUAGUGGAAAGAUUUUUGGUACUGAAGCAAGAUGGUCUUGGGUUUUAAUCAUUGUUCAACUACUAACAGAUUGUGUUACUUUAGUAGCCUACUUCACUCAUUUGGAUAUUUUUUCUAGUCUGUUAAUAAAAAUACAAUGUAGAACACGUUUUUAGUAUUAGUCUUUUUAUCUUUCCUCUUUAGCCCCCUACAACAUCUGAACUUGCUUUGCACUCCAGAUAUUCUGCUUUUGAUUGCCCACCCCUGUGACUAGUCCAUUUUACUUCCUUGGCCUUGCUCCUGCCUGCCCCCUGCCCUGCACCUCCAGUUGUUUUUCCUGAGAACCAAGGAUGCCUGCAGAGGAA